AUGAAGUCUGAGUGUCCGUAUGAGACCAGCUCCAUGCAGUGGCUAGUUCUGGCUGACUUGGAGUGUUUGCUAUCUGUUAUAAAGAAUGUAGAGGCAUAUCCUGUGAAGGCAUAUGGGACAUAUCAAGCCAAGGCAAAGCAGGCAGUUACUCAGGGCAGCAGACGGCUGGGCAGGCAAAACCGUCAUGUUUCGCCCAUUCUGUUUUCCAGAGCAAUGGAAAGCCAGCCAGCGGUGGCUGCUGCUCUAGAUGGAGGACAUGGAGGAGUGAAUCAGUUAGGGGGUGUUUUUGUGAAUGGUCGCCCCCUUCCAGAUGUUGUUCGCCAAAGGAUCGUGGAACUUGCUCACCAAGGGGUCAGGCCUUGUGACAUCUCCAGGCAGCUGCGGGUCAGCCAUGGCUGUGUCAGCAAAAUACUUGGCAGGUAUUACGAAACUGGUAGUAUUAAGCCUGGAGUGAUUGGAGGAUCAAAACCAAAGGUCGCCACACCCAAAGUCGUUGAAAAAAUUGCAGAGUACAAACGCCAAAAUCCUACCAUGUUUGCAUGGGAGAUCAGGGAUAGACUUCUAGCCGAGCGAGUGUGUGACAAUGACACCGUGCCCAGCGUCAGCUCAAUUAACAGGAUCAUACGGACGAAGGUACAGCAGCCACCCAAUCAGCAAGUCCCUGCCUCCAGUCACAGUAUAGCCUCCACAGGGUCUGUGACCCAGGUGUCUUCAGUGAGUACCGACUCUGCAGGCUCUUCCUACUCCAUCAGUGGGAUUCUGGGAAUUACGUCCCCUGGCACAGAGAGCAACAAACGCAAGCGAGAUGAAGGUAUUCAGGAGUCUCCAGUACCAAAUGGACAUUCUCUCCCAAGUAGAGAUUUUCUUCGGAAACAGAUGCGAGGAGACCUUUUCACUCAGCAGCAGUUAGAAGUGUUGGAUCGCGUCUUCGAGAGGCAACAUUAUUCUGACAUUUUCACAACAACUGAACCCAUCAAACCAGAACAGGUACUAUUGAAAAUAUAUGAAAUAUUUCAGAUGUGCUUUCUGGUGGCGGAGGCCUUCUUGCUGGAAGGCACCAAACUCUUAGCGCUCAGAAUCUCUCUUCACAACAACUGA